CUCUGGACAUCGAACUGUUCCCCAAUCCCGGAUUCAUCCCGAAAUUCCUCUCAAUGAUAGCCCGGAAUCACCCACCACUCAACAGGCCCAACCCUCGAGUCUUCCCUUUACCAGUUUUCGAAAUCGAAUCCGGAUUAAAACUCCCGAAUAACAAAACCCAACUCCGGGAGUUGUUAACCAAAAAUUUAGCAAUUCCCUUCCACGAGAAAGUUUGCCCAACUUGUCACAAUGUUCCGGAGUUUGACAAUUGGGUGAAAAUGGAAGAGACUCAGGGUUUAAAUAUUUUUCAUGUUGGUAAGAGAAAUGGUAAGUUUUUUCACUGGGAGCCCAUUUUUGUGGGUACAAAUGCCGAUCCAUGGUACGACGAGAGACUGUCAUGGGAGGGUAAAAAGGAUAAAAUGACCCAAGGGGAUUAAAACCAGGAAUAGGGAUUCAGAAGAAAGGAAGAAAAUUGUCAAAAUGACUAAAAAAAUUAUCGAAGUGCGGAUUUUACCACAGUUGGGACAAUUAUAUGGGACUAGAGUUGGG